AAUAUAUGUUGAUGGUGGUGGUAUGCUGCUCGAAAAUUAACAUCGAGGAGAGCCUUCAACCAACUCCCUACCUCCCUCUCUGCCUGGCAUUUCUCUCAGAACCCAAUGCACAAUAGGUAGUCCUCACGUUCGGUGUGUCAAUGGCAUGGGGGUUUUCUCAGCUGGUGUGGUGUUUUGCAGUGGCACACACACAGGAGGCGGGCAGAACCGUGUAUUCUUUCUCUUGGCUUCGACUGCGUCCGCGAAUUGUAGUACUUCUCCGCUCUCUCUCUCUCCCUCUCUCCUUCCAUUCCUCGCAGCCGCACAGCCGCACAGCGCCCUUCCUCUCCAGGUGCUCGGACCAGUUCCUCAUCCUCCCCUAUCAGUCUGAUACAGCUCUUCACUGUCAUCUUCGCCAGCUUCCUCGCCCCGCAAACACCCUCAUGCAAACGAUGCAGUAUAUGACAAUCGUUUUUCUGUGUGUCCUUCCGCUGUCCCAGGCAUGUCUCAUGCCUCCCCGUACCAGAGCUCCAAAGGUAUCAUUAGAAAUCAAAAAAGUGGUUCCGCAAGAACCAAAAUAUAAAGCAGAGAAAACAAGUCUUUAAACGCCAGUGCGAUGCAACAACGAAUGUGAAGGGUAAAAAGUACAGA